AUAAUAUUACCCUGAAAAAUGACACACUGUUUGUUUCUACAUCUAAAACUUCAAUUCCCAAUCACCACCAUCCCCAUCCCAACGAGGCCCCCAACAAUUUGGAUAUUAAAAUCCCAAAUUCCUUCAAAAACAAUUGCUUAAAAAAGAAUCACUAACAUUCCAUUCCCUAAUCUCUUUGCCAUUGAACCCUCUCACUCUCACUCGUUCUCUUGCUCUACCAAUUUUCCUCAUUCCCAUCCAAUCCAUCAUUAUCAUUUGACAAAAUCAAACCACCUUCAUCAUCACCUUCUCUUAACUUUCAAGCAAAUCCCAACACAAACAUGUUACACAAACACAUCAACACAACCGCAUUAUUAAUACAUUAACAACACCAAAAAAAACCUUAAAAGAUGAAGAACCGUUAUCCACUCCAACAGAGAAAGCUAUUCAUCGGAUUAGCAACCGUUGGAUUAAUCGGAGCAGCACUAUUCAUCGCCACCGCAAUCACCGCCUCCGACACAUCAUCAUUACACUGUCCAAUUUCAACCGGAAUCCGAACCAGAUCAAACGACGACAACAACAACCCAACCCCGAUCCAGCUACAAUCAAUACUCCACUACGCCACAUCACGCGUCGUUCCUCAACAAUCUGUCUCCGAGAUCAAGAUCAGUUUCGAUGUAUUGAAAUCCUAUAAUCGUCCCUGCAACUUUCUGGUAUUUGGACUCGGUCACGAUUCACUCAUGUGGGCCUCGUUUAAUCCAGGUGGCAACACGCUCUUCCUUGAAGAAGAUCCUCGAUGGGUUCAAGCCGUUCUCAAAGACGCACCGGGCCUUCGGGCUCAUACAGUUCGUUACCGGACACAGCUCCGGGAAGCCCACAAGCUCAUCACAUCUUACCGCUCCGAGCCCACUUGCUCUCCUUCUAAAACCUUCCUACGUGGCAACAAAGCUUGUAAACUCGCGCUUGAGAAUUUACCGGAUGAAGUUUACGAUACGGAGUGGGACCUUAUUAUGCUAGACGCGCCUAAAGGGUACUACGCGGAGGCUCCGGGACGUAUGGCCGCCGUGUUCUCCGCUGCUGUUAUGGCGAGAAACAGAAAGGGAUCUGGUGUGACGCAUGUUUUUCUGCAUGAUGUGGAUCGUAAGGUGGAGAAGGCUUAUGCUGAAGAGUUUCUUUGUAAGAAGAACAUGGUGAAGGGUGUUGGAAGGUUAUGGCACUUCAAGAUACCACCGUCUAACAACACUGAUGCUGAUCGUUUCUGUUAAACUAUAAUUACUGUUCAUCCUCUUCUUCUUCUUUCUGUUAUCAAAGAUAGAAACAGUUUACCAUUACCCUGUGUUACAGAUUUACGUUAAAUUUUUUUGUUCAAAGAAAGAAGUUAAAUUUUGUUUAUUAUUACAAUAAUGUGUUAUUUUGUAUUAUUGUUGUUACAUUUCGUUAUUCCGAAAUUUGGUGAAAAAGGGAAUCACCGACGUAUA